CCUCAACUCAGCACCGCAACUGGGCAGCCGAGCACACUCUCACCCCCCGCCACACCGACUUCUUGCAUCGCAUCGCUCCGAACCUCAACCUCGCCCUUACUCUCCUGCCCAGGCCAAACCGUAAUAUCAAACUACACACCCCGCCCUUCUACCUCGCUUCUUCGGCGGCUCCUUCUCCAAUCGAGUCCCACUGCUACCAUAACCACCCCCACCCCACCACUCUUCGUCGGAACAACGCCAACAUGUCGGAACAAUCUGCUGCCGCCGCCCCCGAGACGAGCGAACGUCCUUCAUCUCCAGCUCCCGAUGCCAUAACCUUCACCGUCAAGUCCAACAAUGACACCAAAUAUGUCUUGUCGCUGCCUGAAACCACAACCAUAGCCGAUGUCAAGGCGAAGCUUGUCGAGCUAUCUGAGGUUCCCGUAGAACGCCAGCGCUUGAUCUAUUCCGGCCGUGUCAUGAAGAACGAGGAGACCCUCGCGACAUACAAGGUUAAAUCAGGCAACACGGUGCAUAUGGUCAAGGGUGCUGCGUCGAAUGCGGCCACAAGUUCGGCUGGAAGCGCCGGAGGUGCCCCAGCUGGGAGUGGUGUUCCUCCGAACCUGGCUGCGGGAAGCGGAAACAAUCCUCUCGCCGGCUUGACCGGUGCGCGGUAUGCGGGACAUGCACAGCUGCCGAGUGCCGAUCUGUUUGGUCCUGACGGCGGAAUGGGCCCUCCUGACCCCGAAGCGAUCGCACAGGCGAUGUCGAACCCCAUGGUACAGGCGCAGAUGAACGAGAUGCUCCAGAACCCGCAGCUUCUCGAUUACAUCAUCAACUCCAAUCCGAUGCUUCGGGCGAUGGGCCCCAGUGCCCGCGAGCUCAUGCAGUCCGAGAUGUUCCGCCAUAUGCUUACGGACCCCGCGAACAUUCGGAAUAUGGCCCGGAUGGGUGGCGGGCCGGGCAUGGGUGGUGCUGGCGCACGAGCUGGUGGGUUUCCUGCUCCCGGACCGGUCGAUGACACGCCUACCCCAACGGGCCAGCAACCGGCGGGCCAGCAACCGGCGGGCCAGCAACCGGCGGGCCAGCAGCCAGCCGGUCAGCAGCCAGCCAAUCCCUUCGCGUCGCUUUUCGGUGGUCCCGGAGGUGCAGCGCCUCCCCCUCUCAGCAACCUCUUUGGAUUGCAGGGAAUGCCGCCGAUGUUUGGUGCUCCUCCCGCCGGCAGCCCCGGUUCUCCCGCUGCCAACGCCGGUCAAGCUGGUUCCCCCCCUCCUGCCGGCGCUGGACAGCAGCCGCAACAGCCAUUCGGUGCCAAUCCCUUCCUGAACCCGGCAGCUAUGGAGCAGAUGAUGCAGAUGAUGGGAGGAGGCGCCAACCCCGGCGGAGCCGCCGCUGGCACUGGAUCCCCGGCAGCCAAUCCCUUCGCAGGACUGUUCGGUGGGAUGCCGCCUGCCGCCGCAGCCCCGCCCGAUAACACACCACCGGAGGAACGCUAUGCCGACCAGCUCCGUCAGCUCAACGACAUGGGUUUCUUCGACUUUGACAGGAACAUCGAGGCGCUGAGGAGGAGCGGCGGAAGUGUCCAGGGAGCUGUUAACCAGUUGCUUGGAGGUUAGAUCGCACACUACUGUAGCUGUAGCUGUAGCGCGUAGAAGAGAGGGGGAAUAUCAUUUUCUGUUGGUGCGGGCUGGCUGGGUGUUUUUUUUUUUCUUUCUCUUGAAUCAAGAUUUUUUUUCACUAUUGUGUUUUUUUCUUUCCGAGGGACCGGACUAGUUCGAUGAAGUGGAGUGGAGGUGCUUAGAACUUGGAACUUGGAACUUGGGACUCGGGACUUGACUUGGCGAAGUACUUCCACUUGCCACGCAUACUUACACAAACGAUUGAGAAUACAUGUAUUGGUGUGGAAGCUUGGAAUGUGGGGUUUCUUUCAGCCAUAGGUGAUGCAUGAUGCAUCUGGAUUUGAAAAAGCCGAUGUGGCGAUGGACGAAGACUAGAUGAGGAACGCUGUACUCUACUCAAUGAAGUACUCAUGCUUUUCUUCCAUUGAGGCGGG